GGCAGUCGCGGCGGCGUUGGAAGCAGUUCACCCCGGACGAAGUGGAGCGAGGGAGCCGCCGGCGCACACCCACCCACCAUGAAGCCCCCCGCAGCCUGUGCAGGCGAGGUCCUGGACGUGGCGUCUCCGUGCCCCAUGGUGAACUACCUGCGCUGGGACCUGAGCGCCCAGCAGAUCGAGGAGCUGACCAGGGAGCUCAUGGAGAAGACCAAGCGCGUGUACGACCAGGUGGGAGCCCAGGAGUUUGAAGACGUGUCGUACGAGAGCACGCUCAAGGCCCUGGCUGAUGUGGAGGUGUCUUACACGGUUCAGAGGAAUAUCCUUGAUUUCCCCCAGCACGUCUCCCCGUCCAAAGAGAUCCGGACCGCCAGCACGGAGGCGGACAGAAAGCUGUCAGAGUUUGACGUGGAGAUGAGCAUGCGGCAGGAUGUGUACCAGAGGAUUGUCUGGCUGCAGGAAAAAGUUGAGAAGGAUACGCUGAGGCCGGAGGCCACGCGGUACCUGGAGCGGCUGAUCAAGCUCAGCCGGAGGAAUGGGCUGCACCUCCCUGAGGAGACCCAACAAGUGAAAAGCUUGCAAAAAUAGCGCAAAGAACUCACGUACCCUUGGUCCAGUUGGGGUCGACCCGACAGCAGGUGGCGUUGAUGUUUUUCCCUAGGAGGGCUCCCCGAGGACUUUCUCAACUCCCUGGAGAAGACCGAGGACGACAAGUUGAAGGUCACCCUCAAGUACCCACACUACUUCCCCCUCCUGAAGAAGUGCUACGUGCCGGAGACCCGGAGGAAGGUGGAGGAGGCCUUCAACUGCCGCUGCAAGGCGGAGAACUGUGCCAUCCUCAAGGAGCUGGUGGCCCUGCGGGCUCAGAAGUCCAGCCUGCUGGGGUUCAGCACGCACGCUGACUAUGUCCUGGAGAUGAACAUGGCCAAGACCAGCCAGGUGGUGGCCACCUUCCUAGACGAGCUGGCCCAGAAGCUGAAGCCCCUCGGGGAGCAGGAGCGUGCUGCGAUCCUGGAGCUGAAGAAGGCCGAGUGUGAGCGGCGAGGCCUGCCGUACGAUGCACGGAUCAACGCCUGGGACAUGCGCUACUACAUGAACCAGGUGGAGGAGAUGCGCUACAGCGUGGACCAGAACCUGCUGAAGGAGUACUUCCCCAUGCAAGUGGUCACCCAGGGGCUGCUGGCCAUCUACCAGGAGCUGCUGGGGCUCACCUUCGACCGCGAGGAGGGCGCCACCGUGUGGCACAAGGACGUGACGCUGUACACCGUGCGCGACUCGGCCUCCGGGCAGGUGAUCGGCAAGUUCUACCUGGACCUGUACCCUCGGGAAGGGAAGUACGGGCACGCGGCCUGCUUCGGCCUGCAGCCAGGCUGCCUGCGGCCGGAUGGGAGCCGCCAGAUCUCCAUUGCCGCCAUGGUGGCCAACUUCACCAAGCCCACGCCGGAUGCCCCGGCUCUGCUGCAGCACGACGAGGUGGAGACCUACUUUCACGAGUUUGGCCACGUCAUGCACCAGCUCUGCUCCCAGGCGGAGUUCGCCAUGUUCAGCGGCACGCACGUGGAGCGGGACUUCGUGGAGGCGCCCUCGCAGAUGCUGGAGAACUGGGUGUGGGAGCGCGAGCCGCUGCUGCGCAUGUCCCGCCACUACCGCACAGGCGACGCCGUGCCCCCAGGGCUGCUCGACAAGCUCAUCCAGUCCCGGCAGGCCAACACGGGUCUCUUCAACCUGCGUCAGAUCGUCCUGGCUAAGGUGGACCAGGCCCUGCACACGCAGACGGGCGCCGACCCAGCUGAGGAGUAUGCCCGGCUGUGCCAGGAGAUCCUCGGGGUCCCAGCCACGCCAGGCACCAACAUGCCGGCGACCUUCGGCCACCUGGCGGGAGGCUACGACGCCCAGUACUACGGCUACCUGUGGAGCGAGGUCUACUCCACGGACAUGUUCCACACGCGCUUCAAGCAGGAGGGCGUCCUCAACAGCAAGGUGGGCAUGGACUACCGGAGCUGUAUCCUGAGACCUGGGGGCUCCCAGGACGCCAGUGCCAUGUUGAAGUGCUUCCUGGGUCGUGAGCCCAGGCAGGACGCCUUCCUUCUGAGCAAAGGGCUGCUGGUGGAGGGCAGCGAGCCGCCGGCCUGCUGACGGUGCCUGCUCUCUGUGCUCUGAGCUCAGCGCCGCCGCCACCCC